UGCAUCGGCCAUACACGCUCCUAGACUUGGCCGAGUGGUCAGAGAAUGCCGUCGACUUCAUAUCGAUGACAGAGCGCAGAGAAUCUCUCCGCGACCUCGUUGGUCAUAGCUUUGUCUCCCACAUACAAGAAAAUGCUGAAAUUGGGUGGUAUGUCAUUGUGGCGACGAGUAUGCGACAAAAUGCCAGAAUAUGUCCGUCUCACGUAAAUUUGGGUGGGGGAGACAUCGUGCGACAUGCGAAUGCCAAGCUCGUUAGGUUCUAGGAAAACGACGGAUUACUUCGGCUAAACUAUUGAUACAUGAUUACUCAGUAAAUCUUUGUUCAGAACGCUUAGAACACUAAAAUAUACUGUGCGCUUGAGAGACCCUCCUUGGUGAGGGGAAUCGGUGGCAACUCGUUCUGUGACAGAAUACGCCUUACCAUUCUACCUGACUAUUAUCGACAUUGAAAGAAGUCUAAACUUACCGUCAUCAUGUCCGCUAACAAUGCUCUGACACCCCGUGUAUUCCUUUUUCGCCAUGGAGAAACCGAAUGGGCCAAAUUGGGCCGUUUCACCAGCACUACUGAUAUCGCCUUGAACCCAACUGGCUCUGCUCAAGUUUCCGGGAUGGCUAUGAUGCUCGUGGGACCGGGAAAACUCCUCGACCCGUGUCGCCUUGAGCGCAUCUUUGUCAGUCCAAGGAGAAGAACCAAACAGACCUUUGAGUUAUUGCUGGGACCUAAAUCAGAUUUCGCCGAAGGAAAAUAUACCUACACCGAGGACAUCACGGAGUGGGAUUAUGGCGAUUAUGAAGGGCUUAAGGACCACGAAAUCAGAAUCCUCAGGCAAGAGAGGGGUCACGACAAAGAAAAGAAGUGGGAUAUCUGGACAGAUGGAUGUGAGGGUGGAGAAUCGAGACACCAAGUUGAGGAACGGCUGGACAGGAUUAUCGUACAAAUCAAAGAGAUUCAGCAGCCUCAUAUGCAUGGGGAGAAACCUGCUGAUGUCCUUGUUGUUGCACAUGGCCUCAUCCUUCGCUGUUUUACGAAGCGGUGGAUCGGCUUAUCGAUUAUUAAUCCGCUGCCCAUCAUGCUCGAACCUGGGGCGAUCUCUGUUUUGAGCGUUUCCGUUUGA